UGUUAGGAAAAUGAAAUCCAGGGACAUUGAGAGAUCCAGGCCAAUCAUAGACUAGCACUAAAACCCAUCAAUUUUGACAGUGAUAGUUAACAUUUAUGAUUUAAUUUGGACUUAAUAUUUUGUAAUUUGUUCGUACAACUUCAAUUUGAUAAACAAAAAUUGUGUUCAUUAAUCAUUUCAGUAGUUUCAUAGUAAUAAGUUAAUUAAUAGAUAAGAAUGAAUACAAAUUCGUUGUGCCGGUGUUGUUUGGCUCGGCCCCCCGACAAAGAGCUAAAAUCAUCGUACACUUGCUUUGGAAAACACGAAAUAUAUGCCGAUAUGUUAAAAGAUUGCUUUGAAAUUCAUUUACCAAUAGACAUCUCAGGUGUUGAUGGCGGUAUAUGCGAGAUAUGCAUAACUCGUCUCCGAGACUCAUUUGACUUCAAGCAUCAAGUGUUAAGAUGUCAGAAGGAGUUUCAGUUGGCCAUUAAAGAUAUCAAGAAGGAAGAAAUGACAAAUGUGAAGGAGGAAGUGAUAGAUGAUGGCGACAGUUACUUUUUUGAUAUGACUACAGCCCUACCAGACAUAGACUCGGAAGAUAAAUUAGCGGAAAUAUUUGGCUUGAAGGAUAUCAAACGGAAGAGAAGACGUAAGAGACUUACAGAGGAUGAUGAUUGUGACGACCUGCCAUUGAAGAUAUUUAGCACGAAAAAUGCUGAUAUAUCAGAUAACGCGAAACAUUCAUACAACGUGAACAAAAUACUAAAAUACUCUAAUUGUACGCCAUUUUUUAAUAAGACGCUCAGUGGAAUCGUUUGCGCAUCGUGCAAGACGACUUGUACAAACAUAAACGAAUUACGCACACACGUGCAAGACAACCACGCGGACACACAACACACGGACAAACGACUCGACAAAAGUAAUAUAUCUAUAAAAAUUGACAUUUCCGAUUUACAUUGUAAACUGUGUUUGAAACGCGUGCAAAAUAUACCGACUUUAAAAAAGCAUUUGACAUCCGAACACAACGAGAAGUUCUUCCCCGAUAUAUAUGAUUAUAUAUUCGAGUUCAAACUAACCGACGGUGAUAUACUCAACUGCGCGUUGUGCAACUCGACAUUCGAAACGUUCAAAAUGCUGCUGCAACACAUGAACGGCCAUUACCGUAAUUACAUUUGUGACGAGUGUGAUAUGGGUUUCAUAAAUAGACACCGUCUCAAAAAUCACAAACGUACACACGAAAUAGGCGAUUUUAAGUGCACGUAUUGCGAUAAAGUGUUCACGACACUCGUGCGCAGGAAAUGCCACGAGAAAUACACACAUAACACGAGCGCGCGCUACACGACAAACUGUCCGCACUGCGACAAAACGUUCAACAGUUAUUAUCAAAGGAAUCGGCAUAUGUAUGACGAACACAACAUUUCCGCGGCAACUUAUAAAUGUAAUGUUUGCGAUAAGUCGUUUAUUUUAAAAUCCAAAUUGACCUCGCAUAUCAAGAAGGUGCAUCUGAUGGAGAGGAACCACAAGUGUCCCCUAUGCGAGCAGGGCUUCUUCAUCAAGCAGUCGCUAGACGAGCACAUGGUACGACAUAAUGGGGAGAGGGUGUUCAGUUGCACGGUGUGCCAUAAGGCGUACGCGAGAAAGAAGACGUUGCGAGAGCAUAUGCGGAUACAUAAUAAUGAUAGGCGGUUCAAAUGUGGUUUGUGUGGGCUGGCGUUUGUCCAGAAAUGUAGUAUGAAGAGUCAUAUGCUGUCGAAUCAUGGUAUUUCGCUGAUGGAGUUCGAAAAUGCCGCUAAAGCUAUCAGUGUUAAAGCUAAUUAAGGUUAUUUUGUGGAACAAGUAAUGGCAGUUAUAAGCAUAAAACAAGAGUUACAGAUAGAAAUACAAAAGGGGUAGAGAAAGAAGACAGAGAGAAGAAGAGAAAGAAGACCGAGAUAUGACGAGAACUAAGCCCGGGGUAAAAAGAAAAAUAAGACCGAGAUAAAAAGAGAAAGGAGACCGGGAUAUGAAGAGAAACAAUACAGAGAGGAAAAGAGAAAGAAGACGGAUAUGAGAAUAUAAAUAAUCCCGGGAUAAGAAGAGAUAGAAGACCGAGAUACGAAGAGAACUAAGCCCGAGAUACAAAGAGAAAGCAGACUGGGAUAAAAAGAGAAAGAAGAAUAGACAGAAGACGGUAGAAAGCAAAAAAAGGCAGAGAGUAGAGUCUAUGCGGUAAAACAUGUUUGGCGAUUAUGCGUAAGUCUAUAUGAACGUUCGCAAGAUGGUGACGUUCGAGCUAUAAUGAGUGGCCUUAUUAACAGAACUAAAAAAGCACUACCUCAAACCACAUGGUUCUCUUUUUCUCUCACUUUACAUCAUUUACACGAAUAAAGGUUCGUUGGAGUACGAAAUAAAUAAAUAAAUAAUGUUAGACAUUUGAUAAGCAUUAGAUAUGUUUUUAAAAACCAUUUCCGAUUAUUUAUUAGCCAAUAGAACCUAUAGAUAAAGUUAUUUUAAAUUCUGUUAGUUCAUAAUUUCCAGAACCCUCCAAAACGUUCCCCUAGUGUGUCUUAAUUCGAGAGCAAGAGGGACGGAGAGGCAUACCAGCGCCGCCAUCUACGAAAUAAACUGGGGGCAGAUACCACGUGGAAUUGGCACAGCAAAUCCUAAUCUGCGAUUCUAUCGUACGUCUGAAUUCGUUAACUGACGGUCAUUGACGUAUAAAAUUGAAUUUAAAUCCCGAUUCGACAGGCUUAGUAAUAAUUUGGCUGAUUGUAAAUACGGAAUUGUAUAAGUUAGAGAAUAUUAAGGAAUAAGUGCAAUAAUUUGUUUAGUUUAAGUACUGCUCUCUUGAGUAGGCAUUUCAUAGACACCAAAAUCGGUGUCAAAUCAAACGGAAAUCGUAUACUAUUUAAGCAAUCAUUAAAAGUUAUAGCAAUAUCUUUUCAUAUGUAACAUAAAUUUACACGCCUAAUUGUAAAUAUACUCAAGGACUGAUUAAAAAUCAUUUAUUUUCAUUUAUUUAAGAAAUAAGCAUAUAUGUUAUAGUUUCUUUAAGGUCUUGUGAUAUUUGGUUAAUUGUAGAUAUAAUAAAUAAUUUAUAUCACGAGUCUUUUAUUUGGUAGAAAUUGAUAUGACCUGGUUCGUCCUUUAUUGAAGAUAUGAGAAAAACCUGCCUAUGGUCUGCCUAUGGACAUUACACAGCUUGGCGUGAUAUCUUUUAAAGAUUACGCGUUUUGGCUAUAAUGGCAAAAUCUUAGA